AUGGGAUGCUCACCCUAUUUUGCUGUCACCAGUACCCAACCCAUAUUACCACUCGAUAUAGUCAAAGCAAUCUAUUUGAUUCUGGCGCCAGUCAGAAUGGUAACCACCACAGACCUGAUUGCCAGUCAAGCGGAGGCACUACAAAAAUGUCGAGAACAAGUCGCACAUAUUCACAAUGCUGUUUACGAGGCUAGGAGAGCAGCGGCAAAACGAUUUGAAUGAGUACAUGGACAAAUGAUCAAGAACUUCGACUUCAAAUGUGGAGAUCUAGUCCUAGUAUGACACACUCAGAUUGAAAAAGUGCUUAACCGAAAAAUGCAACCACGAUACAUUGGACCAUACGUUGUGCUGUUUCGCAAUCAGAGAGGAGUGUACGUACUCUCCGAGCUGGAUGAAGCAGUGUUGGACAGGCCAAUAGCAGCAUUCAAGGUGGUACCCUUCACAACAAGAAAGAAAAUCACCAUAUCCAAGGAAAUGCUAGAUGCAUCAGAGUCUCGACUCAAGGAAAUAAGUCAAGCGGAGGAUGAAGGAGAGGAAGAACCUGAGGUGGAAGACAGUGAAAAAGAAUCGAGGAGUGAAGAAGAGGACCAGCAGGCAGAAGAAUCAGAUGACAGCGAAAAGUAGCCCCCAACUGGGAGUCAGCAAUGCACUAUAGACAGUUUUCAAGAUAAUUCCUUUCAACUCCUCAAAAAAAAAAAAAAACUCUAGCUCAACUCUCAAUCACAAGCCUAUCUUAAUGUUUCUUUUACCUUAUUCAAGUCAUACCAAUGGUUUCAAACAAGCAACAUAGAUUUCGCAACCAGAGACGACGAGUACAUUGCUCCGCGCACACGGAGAAGCAGAACACGAGAUACAGCGUACAAAAACAAACCGUGGCUAAGCUCAGAGGCAUUGCUG